CGGAGCGCGGCGAUGGAGAGCCCGGGCGCCGGCGAGCAGCAGGUAGACGCGGGCGCCGUCGGGGCGGCCGGGCCGGGCCGGGCCGGCGCGGCCGCGGAGGAGGAGAUCGACCUGUCCCUGGAUGACAUCAUAAAGCGCAACAAGAAAGGACGGACAAACCCACGGAGGGCCAGCUGGAGGCAGCAGUUCAAGUACAGAAAUCCGGCCUACAGCAGUGGAAAACCCCGAUUCCGGAGCUGGGUGCCACGCAAUCUGCAAGGUCCCACCAGGUUCAGAGGAGGGUCUCGGGGGCAGCAGUUUUCCCGGAAGCCCUUCUGGAACGGCCCCCGGCGGGGAGCAGCCGCCCGCGCGCACGGCGUGAGCCCGCUGAAUCGGCCAGGGGCGGCGCAGCAGGGCAAGCGCGAGGGAGGCGCCCCAGUCCGGAGCCCCGGCAAGGGGCCGGCGGGCGAGGCCCAGUGGCAGCUGCCCACGAGGGUCCAGCGGUUCCUCCCAGCGGGAGCUCCGCCACCGGCCCGCAGGCCUUUCCGACUAAACCGAAGACCACUUUUCCUCCAGAGGCAGCCCAGAUUCAGCUCGAGCGGACAAAGAAUUGAGACAAAUGCGCAGAGGAAACCAUCCCAGAUGAGAAGGUGGCAACUUCAGCCUGCGUCUGGAGCCGUCCUGACGGUGUCCGUGGCAAACCCUCAAGCAGGUCAAACGAACGUGCCGGGAACCAAGCGACCCUUCCUGAGAGGGAGAAGCUCUCCUGCAAAGACGGCCCGUCGCCAGCCCAAAGGAGUGCCCCUGAGGUUCAACUUCCGUGCCGUGGCUAACCAGACCGGCCUGACCCUGAACGACCGCUUCUCCGGGCUGAGGAACAAGCGUCCAUUCAGACCGCUGCGGAGCACGGGCCGGAUGGUCACUCUGCCAUAACGCCGCCCACGGAAGGCGUUGGGCCGCCUCGGAGAAGGAGCCGGCCCUGGAGCCUGACUGAGUUUCUGGCACGCCUGGGAGGGGGCCUGGCACCUCUGAGACAGGUGGCCGAGCGCCCGCCCCAGCUCCAGCCUGCCUGGCCACGCGUGGGCACGGAGGCAGUGCCCGUCCCGGAGCCCCCCGGUGCCCUCCCUGCCGCGUGGCCUGCGGGGAAAGCCCCGUUCGAUCCGUGGAGGCCACGUCCUGGCUUGCCAAGGGGAGCGGGUGGCCCGGGGGCCCCGCAGAGGCCUGCCCCCAUCCCGGGUGCUCUUGUGCCUCUCGGCAAGGGGGUCACCGGCCGGGACGGGGAGGAAGGAGAGCAUCUGGCCACCAGGUGCCACGGCAGGGCUAGUGAGUUCAGGAUUACCACGUCCGCUCCCCAUGAUGCCCAGAAAGCACUUUUCCACCCUUGUUUGAGGAUCUGAUUGCGACAAGCUGUAGCACACUGAAUAGGACCGCUGCUGGAAGCUGCACUAUCUGGUCAAGUCUUCGUAUUAAAAGCACACGCAGAGGCUCA